ACACAUGAGAGUAAAUUGGUUUGAGCUGCAGGCUCAUUUGAAGCUGUUAGAUAGAUCUGUUGGCGAUAGAUCAACUGUGUAGUAUGUUUGAUGCUAUGUGUUCAGGUAUUCCGUAUGGGUCCUCGGACAUCCAUACAUGUGCAUGCUCCUGCCUUAAGCUACUAGUAGCUAACGUUGGGGAAGUGCGUGAUAAGGACUGGCAGUACCCAUGUUUUAUCCUUGUAGCACUAUGGAUUAUUCCUUAUGGCAGAAUGAUUUCAUCACUUGCUGCCACAAUAUUUGUACGCGCCUCAUGUUGGUUGGAUAGAUUUCUACGCUUGCAGUGUUUGUUACUAUUCCCAGCAAGCAUAUUUUGACUGUUCGGACUGGUUAUAUGCCCCGAAUGGCAGGCACCUUGAUUGAUUGUCCUCUUAUGCUGAAAGGUUGAGAGGC